UUUAAAAAAAAAAUUAUUUUUAAAAAAAUGAGAUCUGAAACGAAAUUUAAUAUUAAUGAGUUGCAUAAUUUAAAAUUAUCUGAAGUUAAUAAUAAUUUUAUAUCUUGUUGCACACCUUUUCGGUGUUUUAAUCAAAAUACAAUAGAAAUUAAUUUUCCUAAAGAUUCCAUCAAAAUCAGAUGCUCAAACAAACAGUGUAGAUACGCUAAAUAUAUGCAUAUCUCAUGCUUUGAAAUAUGGCAGGAUAAUAUUGUAAGCCAAGUUCAUUAUAAUUUAAAUAAUAUAUACCCAAAAGAAUACAUAUCACAAACAUUAUGGAAAGAACAUCAGUAUGACUUAAAUAUACCUAUUUGCCAAUGCAAAUGUAAAUGUGGAUUUUUAAAAAGGGAGAGCUAUAAUUACUUUGUAUCUGUUGCCUCGGAAAACAAAAAUGACAUGUUAUGGAAAAAUUAUAAUAUGCUUAACAACAUAAUUGAAAAUGACCCUUAUAAUCAUCCUCAUAGAUUCAGAAAAGAAAGCUUAUCCAGUAGCUUGUCACUUUCAUCAUUUGAUGAUAAUUCUUACAGUCCUAUGAAUUCUUACAUCCCAAAUUUCACGGCCCUUAUCCAAAAUGGCCUCAACAAAGAGUCCACCACAGGUUUCAAUACACCUUAUUCCAUUAAGAAACAACACUUGAACAACAAUAUGACUAAUGGAAAUUAUUCAAGUGAUUCCAUGGAUGGGUCUGGUACUGAAAACUCAUCUUCAAAUAACUCUACUCACUUUCGUCCAUUCAUAAAAACAGAUAAUAAUAUGCAUUACCAACAAGGUAGAUUGUCAGGUGAUGUAAUCAACAAUAUUUACCAAAAUAAAAGUCCUAUUAUAACAACCACUUCACCCUUAACAGUUAAUAAUUCAAACAAUCAGCAAACUAUAAAUGGGUCGUCUUUUUAUUAUAACAACAAUGUUCUUCCCCUACAAAAAUAUGAUCAAAAACAGGAUAAUGGCACUGGCAAUUCAAUGAUACAGAAUGAUUCUCUGACACUGCCAUUGGUACAUACAAUUUGUCCUUUUCCCAAUCGAUCUAAUUAUGAACCCUUUAAUCGUUUGCCUCGGUCUCUUGUAAAUUCAUUCCACGUAAAGAUGGAGGAUGAAGGACCUCAUGGUAAUGAUGAAACACGCUACUCCAUACUAUCCCGUUUGUCAGCUCUAAACCGAACACAAUUAUCUUGCGUUAUAUGUGCCUGUAAUAUGACAGUCUAUGACAGGUAUCCUCUCAUAGAUGGUGUAUUAUUUCUGUCUCCAGUCAAUCAUUAUUUUGACCCAUCGCUCACCACUCCCAUUAAUAAUAAAAACAAUCAAUCAACUAUAGAAGCCUAUCUGGGAGAUAACAAAACAUAUUUUGAAUUGAGAAUGACUAUUCCCAGUGGAGAUAUGAGUGGUAAUAGCACCAAUCAAUUUCGAUAUUUGAAUGCUAUAUGCUUAGAUUGCUCCAGUGGAGCAAAAUGGUUACAGCUGAUAAAGGAAGCAUCUAAUUUAUCAAGCCAUUUCUCAAACACUGGAGAAGAUGAUAUAGAUAGUGAUGAUAUAAUCACUAUCAACCAGUUAAAGGGGGAAAAGGGAGACUUUGAUUCUACUUUACAGAACACAGAUUGGAAGAAAACAGACAAUACACAGCCACCACAAUUAUCAGCUUUAAAUCUUACACUUCCUGUGUGCCGUUACUGCCAAACACCAUGGGAUGGUUCCAGAUUCACAGUGGGCACUCUUUACUCAUAUGACGUCCUCAACUCUAGUCCCUGUUGCAAUCAAAGAUCCAAGUGCAACAUGUGCUCAGCCACCAUAUCUCCGGUAUCUAAUGGUGUUCAACCUUCCUCUCAUUUUAAUAAUUGCUCCCCCAAGCAUUUUGGGUUUGAACAAUCACCCUAUGGCCAAACUACCAAUGGCUACCCGAGCAAUAUUGGAACUUCUUCUAUUAAUCCUAACCAAUAUUACACUCACUAUUCCAGAAGACUAGAAUGCCCCUUUUGCAAUUACCCCGAUUUUCAUUUUGUCAAAAAGGCCUGCCUUGAGCUGAUCAAUAUUCCCCUGCCAUCGUUUUUUGUAAAAUGGCUUUGUUUGUAAAAUAAAUAAAUAAAUAAAAUAAUUAAACACUAUUUUAAAUGUUGAAAAUAUUAUUCAUUUAAUCAUUACUAUCAUACAAAAAAAAGAAUGCAAAAACAUCCAAUUUACAUUUAUAUAAAUAUAAUAUCAUUUAUUUUUGUACAUA